AUGUCGCUGACAGCCAAGCUCUUUGGCCGACCGAGCCAGACGGAGAGCGCAGCGCCAGCGCCCGGGCGCCGGCCGUCGUAUCUUAUUGGCGACCCUGCCCGAUCGCCGUCCACAACCACCUUUGUGCUUCCGAGAGAGCACGUCAAGUUGCCACGCAAGGAGAAAGAAUCGCCGUAUGCGCGCCUCUACAUGCAAGGCGUCCAUCUCCUCGACCACAAAGAUCACGUGCACAAGAUGUUUGGCCUCACCAAAACGAAGGAGUCGCCACGGACGCCGACGCGUAGCGGCAGUCGCCCGGCAUCUGCGCAAAGUGGUCGCCGCGAGUCCACCAAGAUGACAAUGUCACAAGGGCGCGGGAAGGAUCCUUCUGUGCGCUCCACGAUCCGCAAGAUCCGACGCAGUCUCACGAGUGAAGACAACGUCCUCGUGCACGUUUCGCGCAAGUGUGCGCCCGCCCUCGACAAGCACAGCGGCGAGAAGCGACCGGGCGUUGCUCCGCUGCGCACACCACGACAGAGCCCUCGGACGUCGCCGGGUCGUGGAAAAGACGUUGCGUUUGACGACAAUGGCGAUGGACACUUUUUGUUCCCAACGCCCAAGACUGUUGCCGUCAACUCGGCCGAGGCAGAUGACUCAAAAGUCCGGCAGCUCAUGGAACAGAUCGAUUUGCUCAAGUCGUCGCUGGGCUUGAGCGACGAAGACCUCCAGUGGAAGCUCGAGUCGUCCAAGACCAAUGGAUUCGAAGUCGCAGAUCGACACUUGACGACGGCCGAGGCCGACUAUGACCGUCUCCUGUAUGAGCAAUCGCUCUUGCACAACUCACCGACAGAAGACAUGUGCUGGAUUGCUGGUUUACAAUCAUGUAGAGCUGGACACGUUGCUGCGGGGCUGCACGAGCACACAAAGGACAUUGCAACGUUCAAGGCACAACUCACAAAGGCCCAGGAGAGUCUUCGCGAACUCAAGGUCAAGGUCGAGGACCCAAAGCUCGUCGCAGAUAUCAAGGCGCCACUGACGGCGUCACCGACGCGCCGUGGCAGCAUGGCCAUGCUGCAAGUGCAAUCCAUGGACAGCCUCCGGAAAGACGUGCUGAGCAUCCAAGAGCAGUUCAAGCAAGCUGUCUUAAAGCAAAACGUCGCCCAAACCCUAAUCGUUGCGACGACGGAAACGAUGCUCGAGAAGCUUCAGACCUUGGUCGCUAAAUUUGCGACCGAGGACCUUCUAGCCGCUGCAAAGGAGCUCCUCAAGACGGUCCACGAAGUGGCCCAAGCCACUGGCGAGACGCUGCUCGCACUUGUGGAGCGUGCAAUCGUGCUCUGUCAGAGCUUUAAAGGCUACCGCGCAAGAGAGCUCCAGAUCAAGGACCGUCAAAUCAACGCGACGCUCAAGCAAAUGGAAAUCUGGCGCUCGCGCCGCGAAAACGCCAAGGAAUACUCCGGGGAGAUGAAGCGGCUCGAAGAGGCGUGGCGCGCCAACCAUUCGGCCGACAACCAAGUGUGCUUGGAACGGCUGUGCUCGCUCAUCCCGGACUCGAUUGCGGCCAUGUCGGUGGACCAGCUCUUGGACGCCGCCAAGCAGGCCGGCGUACUCUACACACGAGACUUGGUCAACUAUCUCAAACAAAACAAACUCUUGCAAUGGGUCGUCACGCACGAAGUCGACAAGGCGCGGGACAACUUUAUCUCGGGCGACACGGCCCAAUGCUUUACAAACCUCGAAUUGUAUGACAUCACCGAGAUGCGUGCCAUUUACCUCGCGCUGCCCGACGCCUUUGAGUUUGACAAGGAAGGUCGAAAGGCCGAGUGGCGUGUGGGCUUCAUUGCCCAUCUCAAGGUCCUGGUUCAGCAAUACCAUGGCGAGACCGUCAAGGCAGGUUGGGACCCUGUUAAGGGGGCGCGGGCCGAGGUCAAGCUCAAGCCACUGAGCGACAAGCAGCUGUUGAAUCCAGUGUACCGGUACCCGACAGAAGACGAGAUCAAGCAGCGCCUCGUCAAGUUUGAGACCCAAGCCAAGCGAUUGGCACAGAAGAAAGCGCGCUUGCAGGCGCUCGUCGAGCACGAGAUCCCACUCGCCAAGAAGGAAUACCACGCCGUCUCGGACGAUUGCCGCUCGGACGACCUCAUCAAGAGCUUUGGGAAGCCGACGCUCAUUCGCCUUCGGGACGAAGCAAAGAAGAUCUUCCAAUCUCUCUGCAAGGAGCGGGAUGGGCUCAAGAGCGAAAUCAUCAUCGCCGAGCGCGCGAUCCAAGUUGCUUGCCCGACCCACGAGCAAUACCUUGACGAGAUCGCUGCCAUUCGACUCCUUCCGCCCGACAUCCGUCAUGGUGUGAUCCGCGGGCCCUUCGCGCCGACGCCCGACAUCAAACCCAAGGAGCGCGCGGUGCACAAGAAACUUUCGGCUGAAGAAGAAGCCCUCGCGCGCAAGCACGAGCUAAGCAAUGCAAUCGCCGAGCGGUCCAAGGAGUUUCCCAGAGCCGAGGAGGCUGCGGCGCCUGUCCCAAAGGAAGUGAUGCCCAAGCGCACACCUAAAGAAGCUUGCGUCAAGGCCGUCCACGACGUCAUGAGCCAAAUACGCACCGUGAGCGCUGUCAAGGCGUCACCGAACGUGUUGCACUUUUUACAAACAGACUUUUGCGCGCGCAAGUCGACGACGGAACUCGUACGCAGCGAGAGCACUCGUACGCUGCCCGACGAGGAGAUGAGCAGCGCCGAGUCGGGCGACAGCGUCCCGGCCAAGGCGGCCUCCCAGCCAAAGUCGCACGCCCUGCUCAAGAUGUUGGGUCUCGCAACGACGCCGUCGCUGCUCAAGAAGCGCCCAUCCAUCAUUGAGCCAACGUUGCUAGACGACAUCGCCAAGCCCAACAACCUCGCCGAGAUCCAGCGCCGGCGCACCUCGCGGUCGCCGUGUGCAUCGCCGCUGCUGAAGACCAAGCCACUAUGUGUCAUGUCAUCAACGGCCGAAGAGGGUGCACGCCCCAACUUUCUGGACGAGCUCAAGCGCCGCGCCAAUAAGGCGGAGCCAACACCGCCUAGCGUGCUAGCCGCAGCACCUUCUCCAACCAAGAUGUCGUUCCUAGACGAGCUCAAAGCCAAGCGCGGGAAACGCGAAGAUGCAUGA